AUGAAUAAACAAAAAGCUAAAGGCAGAAAUGACAAAACCAAAGUUUUAUAUGAAUUUUUCUGGUCGUGCCGCCUGUGCGGCUCUAGUUCAGGAUACCGAAUGCCUAUAAUCCAAAAUAUUAUAGACAUCGAUUUAAAAUUAUGUGAAAAGAUUCGACAAUGCUUACAACUUGAGGUUCACGAAAACGACAAAAUGCCACCAUUAAUUUGUGGGUUGUGUGCAGAUAAAUUGGCAGAUUUUUAUGAUUUCUUCACAUUGUGCCACGAGACGGAUAAACGGACAAGAGCAAGGUUGGGCUUCCCUCUUGAAGCAAAAAAACAGGAGAACAGCACAGAAAACAGUCCGAGUAAAACAGAUAAUGUAAAAGUCACAAGGGGAAGAGAUAAAAUAAAAGAAGCUCAAUCAAAAGAAAGUAAAGAAAAGCUGGAGAAACCUGCCAACCGUGAAAAUCUAAACCUGAAGUCCACUGCCUCAUUGCCGAGCAAGCCAUUUUCACCACCCCAAUCUAGAAAGAAGGAAGAUGUUAGAACACGAUUGAAAGGCUUAGGUAAACCGGGCCCGGCCAGUUCAAAAUUAAAACGAGCUAGAGAGAAGGAGUCAAACUCAAAAGAAGUUCAGAAUAAAAAAACUAAAAUUCAAGAAGUUAAGACGAGUGGAAACAAGGAUAUGUUGAAAUGUGAUAUCUGUGGCGUGUUAUGUCGAAAAGGCGGAUCAUUUGCGGCCCAUUACAAAAGUCACAAAGUUAAGCCGGUAAACAACAGAGUUUUGGAAACCCCGCCACGAAGCAAACGUACUGAUAGCCAAGCGAGGGAAAGUAUCAAUUCUCAAGUACACGAUAUUAAAAGCAAUAUAAAGAAGUGCGAACAAUGCGAUGCCACUUUCUCCUCCGGCGUCGGGCUGAGUAACCAUUCUCGGACGCAUACUAAAUCAAAUAGGGCUCCAUCUCCCGUUGAAUGUGAAAAAUGCAAAGAAAAACUGACACCAGCAACUGUCAAGGCGCAUAAAUGUAAAACGCGAGAAAGAACAAUAGGAAAAUGCAGUUUCUGUGAAAAACAGUUUUCCUCUAAAGUGUCCUGUUUACGUCAUCAAGCUACUUGUAAAGCCAGAAUUAAAGUGCCAGCCCAGCAAAGGAACAUGAAACCGGUGUACGUCCGCACGACGCGAUGCGAUGAGCUGCUCAAGAACGAAGUUAACGGACAUUACAAUGUGUCCGCUGUCAGAUGUCCGUACGGUCUGGCAAAAUCUUGCUUAUAUCCGUACAAACCGCGGAACCCCAUUCUAAAGCAGAACAGAAUGGUCGACAUAAGGCUGGACGAACUUCCAGACAACUUCGACAUUAGUGAGACGAACGAUUUCAUCCAUUGGGAUUCGGAUAGUGAUCACGACACCGCUUCUCUUACCAAACCUCGGAAAUUACUAAGUCUAUCAAAUAUCUGCCUAAAAACUAUAUUUUCAAACAAAAUGCUAGGAAAAGUUCCAAAAAGGAGGAAAAAAAACAAACCGUUUGAUGAUGAUUUUAGUUUAAACAUAGAUAACAUUAUUAACAAUUUGGGCGAUGAUAAAAAUAGCCCCUUAGACGAUUGGAGCGAUAAUGUAUCAGAUUCUAUACUAAAGAAUGAUUAUGACAGUGAUAGGAUAAGUUUUAAUGGCGAGUUUAAGGAUGGGGACACUAAUAACGGUACGUAUAGUAAUAAGAACUUUAAUGAUGAUAAGGGUAGAAAUACUAAUGACGUGAUUAAUUAUGAUAAGGACAAUUAUGAAAACAGUAAUGAUGGAAAUGCUCGAGAUGGUAGUACGAAAAACAAUGAUGAUUUAGACAAAAUUAGCUCGGAAAAUGAUGGCUUAGGAGAAAAUAAUCAAAUUGUAGAAAAUAAAUCAACUAAUGAUAAUAAUAAGUCUGACUCGUAUCACACAUGUAAAUCUAGCAGAUGUAGAAAGCUGUCAACUAAUCAGAACAUUUUAACAAUUACAAAGGAAAUCACUGAAAUGAGUAUUGAUGAUACUGAAAGUAGUAAUAACGUUCAAAAUACAGAGAAAGCAAUAGAGAAUGUAUCAACAGAUAAUGAUGAACAGACGCAGAGCUUAAAUAAUGUAAAAACACACAAAGGAGCAAAUGUGUGUGUAGAUCAAGAUAACUCAAAAAUUACAAUGAGUACAAAAGAGAUUUUGAGUACGGUUAACUCAAAGAUUGAACUUCUUGAAAUACAGAUACUCACAGAUAACGAUGACCAUGAUAAAAAAAAUAAUGUAAAUAGUAAAGUUGAUACAAUAAGUGUUGUAGAUAACAAUUUAACAUCUUCAUCAAAUAAUAGUACAUCGCAGUUGAAUGAUAGUAUUGUUAUUAGUCAAAGACGAAGCAACAAUGUUGUUACUGAAAGUGACGCUCAAAUGGGUCACAGUAAUGAGAAUAAUGGUGAAGGACUAAAGCAAAGUGAUAGAAGUUAUGAAGAUUUUAUUACAGAAAUUAAUGAUAGGUCUGCAGAGUUAAGUGAAGAAAAGAACAUUUUAAAAGAAGUCGUCUUGAAGGAAGCACACGAUCCACUUUCUAUCGAUGGUAUUCAAAACAUGAAUGUAGUUAAAAAUAAAACCAGUGAAUUACUUAAUAAGAUAGAAGAAAACCAAUCUAUUUGUAGUCAAAGUGUUAGAACAAGUGAAGAAUUUGUUGAGAAUUCAGAGCACAAUAACAAAAUGGAAAGUUGCACAGCCGUAGGCAAAAAUUUACACUGCCCAAUUUAUAGUAAUAAGGAUACAACAAAUGACAAAAUCGUUGAAAAUGCAGAUAAUGUAAUUGAAAAUUUAGAUAAGAAUCCACAAAACCUGAGCGAUGGACUAGAAAAUCUUGAGGAUUUAAAUAUCUACGGUGAUAUUAUUGAUAAAGUUGAUCCCUCAAAUAACACAAAACCAUCAAAUAUACAUAUUAAUAAAGAAAAUGUUGAAAAAAUUGAACCUGACAAUGUAAAUAAAUUAAAUGAAAAUGGAGAUUUCGAUAUGAAUGAUUGGGAGGAUAUUAGCGAUGGAGAAAUUGAAAAAUCAACAGAAGACGAAUUACUUGAAACUAAAAAUAAUGAUUCAUUAGAUUUAGACAAUAUUUCUGAAACAGACUUCACAUUGGAUUAUUGA